AUGCUUAAGAACCAACUGUGGCGGUCACAGCUUGAACCGACUAUGCUUACGCCGGUGGUGAAGGCGGUUGUUCCGCUAAUGACGGACGAAACACCAGCGGUACGGACGGCUCUGCGGCAGUUGCUGCAAUCAAUGUUUUCGGAGAAAGAAGCGUCGGCUGAGCCGCACACGCUUUUUAUUGUAUUGUAUAUUCACUCGGGGAUGACACAUGUCUUGCCGGAAGUGCGGGACGACACAACAAGGGUUUUGCAGUGGCUUCUGGAAAUCCAAGGGGAAUGCGUUGUGAGGUAUGCAUGGGACAAGUUUUUGGACACGUUUUGCGUCUUACUUGGGUGGAAAGGCGAUGGUAGGCCUUUAGACGUGAGAAAGAGUGUAUUCAGGCCGACGUUUUCUCAAGAGUCGAAAUUCUGCCACAUGAAAGCGCUUGAUAUUUUCUUGAAAAAAGGGUUGUGUUUUGAUGGGCGAAAAAAUAAGUCAGCAGUGGUGCCUAUGGUGCAUUUGCACCAGACAAGAUUUCUUUCUGGCAUCAGUCAUCCGAUGGCAUCCAAAUAUCUGGGGAAACCAGCGAAGUCAUCGCCGUAUUUCUAUCUUUCUUUGUUUUCACAGGCCAACAAGGUGUCUAAAAAAGUAUACGACGAUGUGUCGUCUCGGUCAAGAUUAUUUUGUUUGUAUCUCCCGGGUUUGCUAUACUAUCUCGAGGCGACUUGGCUUGAAUUGUUACCAUCAUCGGUUGAUUCUAUGACACCGACUGCAUUUGAAAUAUGCAUCCUUAUAAUAUCGAUUUUGAGUCUCAUAAAUCUGGUUUUAGCGAAUUUGGAAACAGAUAAUGUGUUUUUGGAAGAAAAUUCAAAAGCAUUGCACGAUUUCAUUCUUAGAAUUGAAUUUACUAUGAGGGGACUUAGAGAUAAUAGCGAAAGUAUAGAAUUGCAAAAGUAUUGGGCUCGAAGUGGUUUAUUUAGAGAUCAUUUUGGGUUUAUUCUACGUAUUUUUUGGGAACAGCUUAAUGAUAUAUUGUAUUUAACUAAAAAAGCUAGUGGUUUUAGCAUAUUGAGUCAUUAUCUUUGUAAACAACAAUGUAAAAUACAUACAAAAACAUUACUUUUUGAUAAUGGUGAUAAAAUACAUAUUUAUACAACUAGAAACAAAACAAUUUUUCUUAAUGUAAAACUAAGUCUUUCAUUUGCGGUUUGUAGCCAUUUAGCCAUUUUUUACGCAUUUGAAGAAUUUUAA